AUGGCAUCACCAACCUCCGCGGCCAACGAGGCUUCGGGCGACAGCGAGCCUGCAUCCAACGCUCCAGUCAAUGCAGCACGUUCGUCUCCUGACUCUGCGGUACGCGGUCUCGUUGAUUCGGCGCCGUCGCCAUCGCCGCUUAUGUUUGGUAUUGCUGACACGCCUCACCAACAGCAACUCCCAGCGGACACACAAAAUGCCUGCUAUGGCGAGGACUCCACUAGCGACAAUAGCAUUGCCAACGACACGGCCUCCAGCUUUGGGCGGGUCGGCGCCUUGAGCGCCUUCGCGAUACACCCCCGCUGCAGGCGCAACUAA